GCCGAUUUUGGUUAAAAUAUUCAAAAUGGCGGACGGAGGAGCAGCGAGUCAAGAUGAGAGUUCAGCCGCGGCGGCAGCAGCAGCAGACUCAAGAAUGAACAAUCCGUCAGAAACAAGUAAACCAUCAAUGGAAAGUGGGGAUGCCAACACAGGUACACAGACAAAUGGCCUAGACUUUCAGAAGCAGCCUGUUCCUGUUGGAGGAGCAAUCUCUUCAGCUCAAGCUCAGGCCUUCUUUGGACACCUACAUCAGGUCCAACUUGCUGGAACAAGUUUACAGGCUGCUGCUCAGUCCUUAAAUGUACAGUCUAAGUCUAAUGAAGAAUCUGGGGAUUCCCAGCAGCCAAGCCAGCCUUCCCAGCAGCCUUCAGUGCAGGCACCCAUCCCCCAAACUCAGCUCAUGCUGGCUGGAGGACAGAUAACAGGGCUUGCCCUGACCCCAGCUCAGCAGCAGUUACUGCUACAGCAGGCACAGGCCCAGCUGCUGGCAGCUGCAGUUCAGCAUUCGGCCAGCCAGCAGCACAGCGCCGCGGGUGCCACCAUCUCGGCCUCCGCUGCAACGCCAAUGACACAGAUCCCUCUGUCACAGCCCAUACAGAUUGCACAGGAUCUGCAACAGCUGCAACAGCUACAACAGCAGAAUCUAAACCUGCAACAAUUUGUGUUGGUGCAUCCAACCACCAACUUGCAACCAGCACAGUUUAUCAUCUCGCAGACGCCACAGGGGCAGCAGGGCCUCUUACAAGCGCAGAAUCUUUUAACACAACUACCUCAGCAAAGCCAAGCCAACCUCCUGCAGUCUCAGCCAAGCAUCACCCUCACCUCACAGCCAGCAACCCCAACACGCACAAUAGCAGCAACCCCAAUUCAGACACUCCCACAGAGCCAGUCAACACCAAAGCGAAUUGAUACACCCAGCUUGGAGGAGCCCAGUGACCUUGAGGAGCUUGAGCAGUUUGCCAAGACUUUCAAACAAAGACGGAUCAAACUUGGAUUCACUCAGGGUGAUGUUGGGCUCGCUAUGGGCAAACUCUAUGGAAAUGACUUCAGCCAAACUACCAUCUCUCGCUUUGAAGCCUUGAACCUCAGCUUUAAGAACAUGUGCAAAUUAAAACCACUUCUAGAGAAGUGGCUAAAUGACGCAGAGAACCUCUCAUCUGAUUCAGCACUCUCUAACCCAAGUGCCCUGAAUUCUCCAGGGCAGGGGAUUGAGGGUUUGAACCGCAGGAGGAAGAAACGCACCAGCAUAGAGACCAACAUUCGUGUGGCCUUAGAGAAGAGUUUCCUGGAGAAUCAAAAGCCUACCUCGGAAGAAAUCACCAUGAUUGCUGAUCAACUAAAAAUGGAAAAGGAGGUGAUCCGUGUUUGGUUUUGUAAUCGCCGCCAGAAGGAGAAAAGGAUUAAUCCACCUAGUAGUGGUGGGACCAGCAGCUCACCUAUAAAAGCAAUUUUUCCCAGUCCAACCUCAUUGGUGGCAACCACGCCCAGCCUUGUGACAAGCAGUGCGGCCACUACCCUGACGGUCAAUCCCGUCCUCCCUCUAACCAGCGCGGCGGUAACCAACCUCUCUGUGACAGGCACUACAGAAACCACCUCCAACAACACCGCAACAGUGAUUUCGACAGCACCUCCAGCUUCCUCAGCAGUGACACCCCCCUCUCUGAGCCCCUCCCCUUCUGCCUCCGCCUCUGAGGCAUCCAGUGCCAGUGAGACCAGCACAACACAGACCACCUCCGCCCCUUUGUCCUCCCCUCUUGGGACCAGCCAGGUGAUGGUGACAGCAUCCGGGCUGCAGACCGCAGCUGCUGCCCUCCAAGGAGCUGCUCAGCUGCCUGCAAAUGCCAGUCUUGCUGCAAUGGCUGCUGCAGCAGGUUUAAGUCCAGGGCUGAUGGCACCCUCACAGUUUGCAGCUGGAGGUGCCUUACUCAGUCUCAACCCAGGGACAUUGGGCAGUGCUCUCAGCCCGGCUCUGAUGAGCAAUAGUACACUCGCAACCAUUCAAGCUCUUGCAUCUGGUGGAUCUCUUCCAAUAACAUCACUGGACGCAACUGGGAACCUGGUAUUUGCCAAUGCAGGAGGAACUCCAAACAUCGUGACCGCCCCGCUGUUCCUGAAUCCUCAGAACCUCUCUCUGCUCACCAGCAACCCAGUCAGCCUGGUCUCGGCGGCCGCAGCCUCCGCAGGGACCUCCGCACCAGUUGCCAGCCUUCACGCCACCUCCACCUCAGCUGAGUCCAUCCAAAACUCUCUCUUCACUGUGGCCUCUGCUGGUGGGGCUGCUUCCACCACCACUACCGCCUCGAAGGCGCAGUGAGCGGGGCCGAGCGGGGCGCCACCAGCCUUCGUCACUGGGCGGGGUGGUUGGCCGCUGGCUGGGUUUGAAACUAAAAAUAGGAUUGGCUUCUUCUCACCGUGUGGCUGGGGACAAGGGAGAGAAGGAAAACAAAAACAGGAAGGAUGGAAAGAUGGGACAGACUUUUGCCUAAUUUUGUAAUAAACACUGUCUUUUCAGGAUUGCUUCAUGGAUUGGAGAACUUUCUAACCAAAAAUGUAAAAAAAAAAAAAAAAAAAACCACAAAAAAAAAUUAAGUAAAAGGACUACUUAUCAUUUCCAGCAGUCAUGAUGACAAGUUAAGGUGGGUUAUAAAUUCCAACAUAGGAAGGGGAUUUCUUGUUUGUCUAAAUAUCUUUUUUCUUUUUUUAAAAAAAAAUCAUUUUUAUGGGUCUGUUGUACAGGCCAUUUAUGUCAUAACAAGGUGUUUAUAAUCGUAUCAAUUGUGUUGGGGGUUCCUUUCUUAACUGGUACAAUUUAGGCAGGCCUGUAUUACUGUAUCUCCUUUAUUAUUAUUAUUAUUAUUGUUGUUGUUGUUGUUAUUUUUAUAUCCA